AUGGACAUGAAUACUAAAAAUGCUAACACUGCAUUAGAUAAACACAUGAAAGAUUCAGAUCACUGUUUUGCGUUUAACAAUACCACAAUAUUGUACGAAGACAAAAAUUUCCAUAAAUUAAUGAUCAAGGAAAUUAUAGAAAUUAGGAAAGAAAAAAAUGCUGUGAAUGACAUAAUGGGACUGAAUUUACAGCAACCUCAUUUUAACCAAUCAAUGAAAAAUAGUUUAUCAACCAACCCAAAUAAAGCAAAUUUUAAUCUAGUGUGA